UAAAAAUACAAUUAGGAUUAUGUUUUCAAAUCAUAAAGGAGGAGCUCCAACCAAGAACUCUAAGGAAUCCAGCGAAAUGAUCAGCGAACAAAAACGAGAAAAGAACGCAGCUAAGAUAAGUGACAUGGGUGUCGCCAUUGACGAGAAAAGUUCCGAUGAUUCCUUCGAGAAAUACUUCUCAAAAGAAUUAGACCUUGAAGAGGAUGAAGUGCCGAUUGUUCUCCAUGAACUCAAUGAUAGUGCACUUAAUUAUAUCGCUCGAGAGUCUUAUGAUAAAGCUCUAGUAUUACUCCAGAAAGCACAAGCUAUUAUUGAGCAACUCAAUUUAGAAAAAUAGCAGGGCUGACAAGUUCCUCAUGCUCACAAUCCUGCAUAAUAUGGCUAUGUGCUACCAAAAAAUAGGCGCACUUGAAGAGUGAUCAUUGUACCUUGAAGGGUGUCUCAUGAAUGUAGUCUCAUGAUUUGCAGAUGAUCUCUCAGAAGCCCCAGAAGAGAAACUCAAGAAAUUAAAAUAUGAAUGUAAAGCUCAUAUGCAAGUAUGAGCUUUAUUAUCUCAGCUCCACAGACACAAGGAAGCUCUGAUUCACGCUAAAAUUGCGAUCAGUAUCUCUCACUACCUCAUAAAAGAUGUUCAUAAGUUAAUAAAAUACUAUGUUGAAAGGAUGAAACCUAACCCAAACGAGAAAAUGAUAAAUUUGGAUGAUGAAGAUAACGAAGCUGAAUUUGAUAAUCAAAAUAAAAAUAUAAAGAAACUUAUCAACAAAAAGCACAUUGACUUCCUCUAUGAUCCUCAGCUGUCACUUCUAGCUAAGACUUCGAUAAAGUUACUUCCGAUUGCUGAAGAGCUUGAAAAUAGGUUAGUCCCUGAAAACAUCGUCCUCAAAGAGUCAUUUGAUGAUACUGAUCAUGAAGAGAUCAGACAGCAACAAAAUAGCAACCCUAAAACCACAGAAGACUUCAACACUGUCUUUGAUAAAGUAGACAUGAGGAAUCUUCUGGGGUAUCUGAACCAAUCUGACUGGAUCUGGUCCUUGAAUAUUGGAAAUAUUAUGCAGAUAUCUCCACUCACAAUGCAAGACAUUUACACUACCUCUAGCAUUGAAUACGAGCUUUCAAGAGAACUUGUGCUUGAGAAAAUAUGAUUCCUUGCAGUUUCAUAUUUCUGUGUAUCCACAGAGCUGAGAUUCAUAGUUCAAAUGAAGCAAGAUGACGAGAUUACCGACCCAGUAAUGAAGAGAAGAGAGUCCGAAUAUUUCCAUGGUAAAGCCCUUGACAUUGCAGCAGGAUUCCUACCCAGUGAGUGACCACUUGUGAAUCACAUUUUGAUGAGUUACCAAAAACAUCAUGCUCCUUCUCAGCAGGUAAUAAAUGAGGGAGAAGAAUACCAGGAAGACUUGAAAGUUAUCCGACCAUUACAAGGAAUUGAGUCAAAUAAGCAUCAGCCCAUAGUCAGAGCUAACCAAAAUUUAAAUGUCACAGUAUCACCUCUUGAGGCAAAACCAAUUAUCUACCUCAGGCACUUACAAAGGGUAAUGGAUGCUUGGGAUAAGAAGCUAUCAAAACCCUUUAGAGCAGCUACCACCCAAACUACUAUGAGUCAAACAACAGCUCACUACCCAAGUUCUUCAAAUGGAAAUUCCUCGAAAUAUUUUUCGAUAAAAGGCUCCAAGAAAAAUGGACUUAUACACUCUAAUAUUGCCGGGAAUUCGAAGAAGAGAAAAGCAAAGAAGAAUAAUGCUGAUGAGCCUGCUGAUUCAGAGCUCCCUUUCAAGACAAGUGACAGUGAUAAGAUCAAAAUGAAGUCCAAAUCUCACAAGCACUCUAAAGAAGAUGAAGAGAUGAACAAAAUUUUGACUGCUCUCAGGUAUUUCAAUGAGAAAAAUCUCAAAAAUCACAAGGAUGAAAGUAUCCUCAAUACCUCUGACAUUGUCAACACAAAGCCUGCCCAUCAAUUAGACGAGAAUGAAAAGACCACACCUCUCAAAGAAGGAGAGAAUAGACCCAAGACUUGAAGAAGAAAGAGGAGUUCCAAAACUAGGAAGAAGUCUGGUAAUUCUAAUGGAGGUAAUAAUUCCGCCCUUGGAUUCCACUCUCAUCUCAAGCACAAUCCUCUCAUUCAUAACAUUGAAAAUCUUAAAAAUCCUCAUAACAGGAGUGUGAACAUGGCCAGCGAUUCUCCAAAGCUCAAAAAGAGAAAGGGUCGCAAGAGCAGAGUUUCUCCAAAUAAUUUUGCUAUUAACUACCAGAAAAGAUAUCCAGCUGGGAUGAUGAACCAGAUUCAUCACUCCAAGAGAGUCAGCUUAGAUCAUGAAGACCUCACUAUGAUCUCUAAAUCAAGACCUAAAUCAGCCAAGCAGAAGAAGAAAAUUGCAAAAGCUGCUUCGAAGAUCAGUAAGCUGCCAGUAAACUCAUUCAUGGGUGGAGAGUCAUUCGACAAAGAGGACAAGAAUCUCUCUAAAUUUAUGAAGAAGCACAACUGUUCUUUCAAAGCUAGACCAGGUAACAGAUCAAACAUCGACUCCAAAAAGCGUGGGCAAAAACUCAAACAAUUCAAACAAUCAGCGCCCAAAAACGGUAACCUGGCCGCUUACGAAAAUCUGAGCUACAUCGAAGACCUCGAAAUGCACAACAACAUCGACGACAUAGUAAAAUCCAAGCUCUCUCUCAAGUACAAAUCCAAAAAACCCUCUGGCUCCAAAAAGAAAAAGGCCAAAAGAAGUGCUACUCCUGCUUUAGCUAUAAAUUUCUAACUGUACUAGACUCGACCCUAAUAAAUUCUGCUAAAUUGAUAA